GUUAGCUUGAGAGGACUUUGUUUUGCAAUUGUUGAGAUGAGCGGAUGCCAAAGCAGUGGUCUGUCGAAUCUCUUUUGGUGCUAUCUGGAUGACCUAUCCUGCCGACUGCAGGACAGCAAUCUUCUCAAGCUGAUCCUGGCAUUCAUUGUGGCCUUACUGGUCUUGUUUCACGUUUAUACGGCAUUUGCCUUGGCUAAUAGUUGUGACGAAAGACUAGGGGAUGCGGAAGAAAGAUCAGAUGACGGAGACGGUGCUGGAGAAGAUUAUAUGGGAGGCUCCUCUAGUGAUUUGACCUGCAGGAUUCGCGUUUCCCCUGAAUCCUACAACUACGGAUGGGACAGGGGUCCUCAUACCUGGGAUACUCCUUGCAACAAUCAGAGUCCCAUCAAUAUAGAGCGGAAUUCUUUGGAAAUCAACUACUUCGAUACCCCCUUGAUAUGGUCCCACUACAAUGAUAUGCCUCUGGGAAUUCGUCUGGAGAACAACGGCCACACACUGAUCCUACGAGCUGCAUUUCCUGGACGAACACCCUCCAUCGAUGGUGGGGAUCUUCUUGGUCGCUUUGACUUCCGGGAGAUCUCUUUUCGCUGGAGCUGGACCAGCUCAUCCGGCUCGGAGCAUACAUUUGACCAUAUGCACAGUCCUCUGGAGAUGCAGUGCCUCCACACAGAUGCCGAUGGUGAUGGCUGCUCCUCCAGCCAGGGCAUCCUCAUGAUUUCCUACAUGUUUGAUUUCUCCAAUGACAAUCCGUUCCUAAAUGUCCUGAUUCAGCAUCUUGUGGCUGUUCAGGAGGCGGGUCAGGUGGUGGAAGUCCCACCUUUCCCACUGAGUUACCUGAUGCCGGCCUUCUACGACAAGUUCUACAGCUACAAAGGAUCUCUGACCGAACCUCCGUGCCACCGGGGAGCGGAGUGGUUUCUGCACCCAGCACCCUUGGGCAUUAGUGAACGCCAGCUGAACGAGUUCAGGCAGUUGAGAGACAGACGGGGAGCCAGGAUCGCCUCCAAUGCCCGACCCGUUCAGCCGCUCGAUGAUCGAACGGUUUACCUUAAUCGCUACCAAAGUUAG